AUGGCGAACAUGUUUGGAGCUUUGAACAGAUUCAUCUCGCGCCUGGACGCCGAUCCACAAGCUCAGAAGCAGACCGGAGGGUACGACACGUACGGAUUCCAGGUGCUUCGCAACACCAACCCAGAGCUACCCCUGGAGCCAUGGUUCGACUCAAUCAUUGGCAUCAAUGGCCGCACCAUCGAUAACCCCGAACCCAGCCUCUUCGUUCAAGAACUGCGCAACUGCGCCGGAACCAACAUCAGCUUGGGAGUCUACAGUGCCAAAGGACAGCAGAUCCGCGAAGUCUUCAUCUCGGUCCCUGCAGACAACUCGCCGCUAGGGCUCGCCUUGCAGUGGUCACCGCUCACAACAACCGAAGCCGUCUGGCAUAUUCUGGACGUCAUCCCCAACUCGCCUGCCGACGUCGCUGGCCUGCUGCCCUACAGCGACUAUGUUAUUGGAAGCCCGGAAGGCCUGAUGAGAGGAGACAGUGGACUUAGCGAGCUCAUUGAAGACUUCCUCAACCGCCCACUCCGCCUGUACGUCUAUAACAACGAGUACGAUGUUACUCGCAUGAUCACCAUUACACCCACAAGAGGAUGGGGUGGCGACGGUGCAUUGGGCUGCGUCUUGGGCUUCGGAGCCCUCCACCGCGUGCCUGCUCCCCUGAACGAACCCGCACAAGCACCUGGAGAGACACUCUUCGAAACAGCCCGUUUCAGCAAUGAAGAGCCUCGGUCGACGCCGACUCCAGCUGGCGACUUCCUCGUACCCGCCAAUAUGAAUCUCAGUGCCACGACACCACCUGCAAGCAUCGGCAUGGGCGGAGAAAAGAGAGGUGCUAGGAAACAAAGAGUGCAUCAUGCUAUAUCCCCCACUGGUGGUCUUGAUGACUAUUUCGCCGAGGGAGAGCAGAAAAGUCGUGAGUUGGACAAUGCUCCUACGCCAAAACCAACUUCAGGUCUGCCACCUCCACCGAAGGCAGGUGGCCCACCGAGAGCCACCAAAUCGCCUGCCGUUGAAGCAGCUUCGGAAAAGCUCGAAGCAGAAGUCGGGGACGCAUGA